AUGUAUCGAAAUAUACUGAUUCGUGAAACUGAUAGGGACUUCCAGCGCAUUUUAUGGCGUAAAUCGCCAGAAGAACCUAUAAGGGACUACCGUCUCCGCACGGUCACAUUCGGUGUAAAUUCCUCACCAUAUCUCGCUUUGCGUACAAUUCAGCAGCUUGCUCACGAUGAGGCCGAGUAUUUUAGGCUCGCAUCUCCCGUAUUAUUGAGUGACGUAUUUGUCGAUGAUGUUGUUUCUGGUGAGGAUACGGAGUCCAAAACUCUCGCUCUGCAGCAAGAGCUUAUCGACAUUUGUAAGACGGCUGGAUUCGAACUACGUAAGUGGCACAGCAACUCAUCAGCGAUACUCGCUACACUACAGCCACCAGCUUGUCAUGGUGAGCGGCCCGAAAACGUUCCAUUUUCUGAAAUGGAGAACGACAAAAGAGUUAAGGUCCUCGGACUACAAUGGAAUCCAGGAUCUGAUACAUUUAAUUUUAAAGUUCAAGUUACCACUCAUAAAUGCACCAAGAGAUCUAUUCUUUCUGAGAUCGCAAAAAUAUAUGACCCUCUCGGGUUGCUAUCUCCGGUAACCUUGUAUGCCAAACAUUUGAUUCAGUUAUUGUGGAUGGCAAAUGUAGAUUGGGACGAUAAUCCGCCCAUCGAUAUCAUUAAUUCGUGGACACGUUUCAUAAACGAGCUACCGCUGCUAUCACAGGUAUCGUUUCCGCGAUACAUUUUCAGUAAUAAUAUUGAUUCGAUAGAAAUUCAUGGAUUUGCUGACGCGUCCCAGAUCGCAUAUGCCGGCUGUGUCUAUAUUCGACUUACAAGCAAGGACGGCAAUAUUUAUACAUACCUGAUUAUGGCGAAAACUAGGGUAGCUCCGCUCCGCACACCCCUUACCAUCCCACGUCUCGAGCUGAUGGCAGCUCUAUUGCUUUCAAAGCUAUUAGAUAAGAUAGCAAAUUUAUACAGAGAUCGCAUCUGCCCUGAACGGAUUUACGCAUGGUCCGACGCCACCAUCGUGCUGGCCUGGCUCCGUUCAUCGCCCCAUGAAUGGAAGACGUUUGUUUCCAAUCGCACUAGCGAUAUUCUGUCCCGCGUUCCCGCCAGCUGCUGGCACCACGUUCCGUCAGCCGAUAAUCCUGCUGACGCUGCAUCACGUGGCUUGCUACCUACCGCGAUGGUACAACACGACUUGUGGUACCAUGGUCCUGCAUGGCUCCGACGAAGUGCUGACAACUGGCCGGUUGAGACUCAAACUAUGAGCACCUGUGAAGAAAAACGUAACUUAACGCUAUCUUCUGCUAUGUCUACGGCACCGCCCGUACAAAAUACCGAAAUUAUAAUGCGAUUUUCGUCGCUAGGCAAACUCGUUCGGAUUACCGCACUAAUAUUUCGUUUUUAUAAUAAAUGCAAAAGGGUUAAAAAUUCGUUCCCGGGUUACAUUACCGUACCUGAAUAUAAUUUUUCAUUAAAUCGACUAAUUUACCUUACUCAACAAUCGGUCUUUCAAGACGAUAUUUUAAAGAUAUCUCAAGGAAGAUUACCUUCUAAUCAAUUGCGACGUCUUACACCCUUUUUGGAUAGUGACAAACUCUUACGUGUAGGAGGUCGAAUUCAUAAAUCAUUGUUACCAUUUGAAUCUAAACAUCAAAUAAUUUUACCGAAAAAACAUGCUUUGACGAAUUUAAUUAUCGACGACGCUCACAUGAGCUAUCUGCAUGCAGGACCUCAGUCCGUGCAAUACUUGCUGUUGCAGCGCUAUUGGAUAUUGUCUUGCCGCGACAUCGUGCGUCAACGCAUACAUCGCUGUGUCCGUUGCUUUCGUGCUCGUCCAACACGUGAUCAACCGAUAAUGGGACCACUACCAGCUUCGAGAAUACGACCGGCGCGUCCUUUCCUUAAAACGGCCGUAGAUUACGCCGGUCCAUUUUUUGUUCGUGCAAAUAAAGUACGUAACGCGAAAAUAGUGAAGUGUUAUGUUUCGGUAUUCGUAUGUAUGAGCGUAAAGGCCGUACAUCUCGAACUCGUUUCGGAGCUAUCCACUGAUGCAUUUUUAGCAGCUCUGCGACGCUUCACGGCCCGUCGAGGAUUAUGUACGGAUAUAUAUUCUGACUGCGGAAAGAAUUUUGUCGGAUGUAACAAUUAUCUUAAAGACCUAUACGCGUUUUUACGUAGUCAUGUCGUUCAAAGUACAAUUAAUCAACAAACCCUUCAACAGGGACUUACGUGGCACUUUCAACCUCCGUAUGCUAGCCAUUUUGGAGGUCUCUUCGAAGCUAGUGUUAAAAGUUUCAAACACCACCUACAUCGUGUGGUUGGAACUCGUACUCAGACUUACGACGAGAUGCAUACCCUUCUCUGUCAAAUCGAAGCCGUGUUAAACUCACGUCCCCUUUGCGCCAUGAGUUCGGCCUCUACCGAUCCCCUCCCUUUAACACCGUCUCAUUUUUUAAUAGGAGAACCCUUAACGGCUCUACCUGAUGUAUCCUUGUUGGACGAAAACCCUAACCGUCUCACACGUUGGCGCUGGAUACAACAGUCAGUCCAGCACUUUUGGAAAAGAUGGAGUAGAGAAUAUCUCCAUCACUUACAACAGAGUAGUAAGUGGCUUCAUGAUCGCGGCUCCGCCAUUCGUGAAGGCACUGUUGUUGUGGUAUGCGACGAGCACCUUCCGCCAUUACAAUGGAAGCUCGCGCGUGUGCAUGCUGUUCAUCCUGGCUCCGAUCAAGUCACUCGUGUAGUGACCUUAAAGGCUGGGAAUACUAUUUUUAAACGACCUGUAGUAAAGAUUUGCCCACUUCCGUUAGAGUAA